AUGACCUGCGCCGAACGAGCGAGACGGUUUCGGGAACGUCGCAAAGGUGUUGCCGCCGACCUCGCGAGUACCUCUACCACUGGAAUAACUAUACUUAUGGACGUAACGAAUGAACAAACGAUCGAUAUAUCUAUUGGAUCUGCCACAGAACUGAGAGAUGUCAAUAUCAGUAGAAGUGAAGCAGUGCAAAAUCAUUGGCGUUCAGCGGAUAAACUACUAAAAGAAGUGAAACAUCGCAACAUUUCUUUCCUUCAAACAAAAUUACCCGAUGAAAAUGUGAUGGAAUUUCGCUUAUGCAGUACACGUAGCAAAUCGAUAGAUGCUAAUAAAAUCCCAACGCUGUCGCGCUCAAACGGUUUUCGUUAUUCUCCAAAGCCGAGCGGACUGCCGCUGCUUGACCCGAUCAGCAUUCAAUUGAUUUCACCGCUGUUACCAUUUAUGCAAAUUCGUCGAUUACGCUACGAAGGUAACUAUGGUAUAGUCGGCCAGGUAAUCAAUGUACCUGUCGAUGUAGGCAGUGCAGUGCAUGAUUCAACUACACCUAAUCCAAGCACAGAAAGUGACAAUCUAACAUUCAUAACUACAGCGGAGCCACCCGUAACGCUUAUACCAACAACCACAAAAAAUCAACAACCGUCAUUAGCAACUGAUAAGAGCUCAACAGCUGACGAAACCUCCAGCGCUUCAGAUGGCCCAACAACCCUAUCAACUAAAAGCAGCCGAUCUUCCAGCACUUCAGAUGCUACAACAUCCCUAUCAACUGAAGGAAGCACAAUAGCUGACGGAUCUUCUAGCACUUCGGAUGUUACAACACCAUCAUCAUCAACAGUAGAGACCACAACAGACGACGAAGCUUCCAGAAGCACAACAGCUGACGGAUCUUCUAGAUCUUCAGAUGUUACAACACCGUCAUCAUCAACAGAAGAGAGCACAACGUCCGUAUCAACUGAAGGAAGCACAACAGCCGACGGAUCUUCCAGCACUUCGGAUGUUACAACACCAUCAUCAUCAACAGUCGACGACGCUUCCAGCACUUCCGAUGCUACAACAAACAUAUCAACUGAAGAGAGCACAACAGCUGACGGAUCUUCUAGCACUUCAGAUGUUACAACACCAUCAUCAUCGACUCAAGAGAGCACAACAGUCGACGAAGCGUCCAGCACUUCUUAUGCUACAACAUACCUGUCAACUGAAGGAAGCACAACAGUUGACGGAACUUCCAGCACUUCAGAUAUUACAACACCGCCAUCAUCAACUGAAGAGAGCACAACAGUCGGCGAAGAUUCCAGCACUUCUUAUGCCACAACAUACCUGUCAACUGAAGGAAGCACAACAGUUGACGGAACUUCCAGCACUUCAGAUAUUACAACGCCACCAUCAUCAACUGAAGAGAGCACAACAGUCGACGAAGCUUACAGCACUUCUGAUGCUACAACAUCCGUAUCAACUGAAGGAAGUACAAAAGCUGACGGAUCUUCUAGCACUUCGGAUGUUACAACACCAUCAUCAUCAACAGAAGAGAGCACAACAGUCGACGAAGCUUCCAGUACCUCUGAUGCUACAACAUCCGUAUCAACUGAUGGAAGUACAACAGCUGACGGAUCUUCUAGCACUUCGGAUGUUACAUCACCAUCAUUCUCAACAGAAGAGAGCACAACAGCCGACGAAGCUUCCAGCACUUCAGAUGCUACAACAUACCUAUCAACUGAAGGAAGCACAACAGCUGACGGAUCUUCUAGAUCUUCAGAUGUUACAACACCGUCAUCAUCAACAGAGGAGAGAACAACAUCC